AUGGAGGAUCCCUUCGGUGGCGAAAAUCAGGCUGGCGCUCCCCCCGCCCAGCCACAGCAGCAGCAGCAGCAGCAGCGCGGGGGUGCGCCGGUGCCGCCACCGCCGCCCGGGGGUGUAGACCGCAACGUCUCUCUGCCGGAUCUGAACGACGACGAGAACAACUUCCGAACGACAUGCGAUGCAUGCACGCUCGGCAAGAUCAAGUGCGACGGCGGGCACCCGUGCAGGCGCUGCCAGCGGCGGGGCUCGGAGUGCGUGUACAGGGAGAAGAAGAGAUGCGGCCCAAAGCGCAGGAAACUGUCCUCCCGCGACGAUUCCGAUGACGACGGCAAUCACGUGGGAAGUGUCGCGGGGCACCUGGGCGAAGGCGGGGCCGGUUUCAGGGUGCUCACCUCCAGGGAGCAGGAGUUUCUCGCCAAGUUUUACAGCAGCGUCAACAAGUUCAUCCCCCUCACCUGCGUCACGGUGAUCCGCGACGCCAUGAACCCUCUGCCGCUGGACGUCGUCCCUGGACUCGCCGCAUCAGAGGCGGAGGAGAACACGUACCACGCCCGCAAGGCCGUCCUGCUGGGCUGCGUGGCUGUCGGGGCGGUGUUCAGUGGCGACCAGGCCUCGGCGGGCGCAUACAUGUCGAGGGCGCAGAUACACCUGAAGGACUGCUUUGACGCGCUCAUACCCGAGGUGGUGAACUGCUACCUGGUGAUGGUGGUGUACCACUUGCAUUUCCUGGACCGAUCUAAGGUCUACCGCUACAUCGGCUUCGCGCAGCAGGCGUGCCGAGAGCUCGCGCAGUCGAACAAGCUUGGGGUGGGAGGGCACGUGCGAGAUAGCCUUCGCGUGCUGAGCACCUUCCUGCACGUGACAUGCAACAAGGAGAUCAGGCCCGAAGAGGUCGACCUGCGAGGGGAGACCAACCCGGAGCCCGGAGGGGGCAGCCUCUCCCGCAUCAUCGCGCUCUUCUCCCACGUGCUCCUCCAGCUUUACCGGAAGACGGACCGUGUGGAGGCCGCAAGAGCGUCCCCGCAGCAGCCCGUGCCGACCAUGGCGACGCUCGGGGCGAUGGCGAACGAGGCGGAACUCUUGCUGAGCAUGAUGGAGGACCCAGGGUCGUUCGCCGUGAUCGUGAUAAAGACGCUCAAGGGGUACUUCUUGCUCAUGAAGGGAAAGGAGCAGGCGGUGCUGGACGCGGUGGCAAUGCCGGUCGCUAAGGCGCUGGAGGCCGACCCUGCCGUCCUUAACUUCCCUCUCUGCUGGACAAUGCGUGGGUAGCACGUUUGGAGCCUUCGCCCAGCGUUUGCGCUACACCAAGGGUUACACGGCUUCAGAAGACCGUGUUGUUGGGGAGAGACGUCACCGAUGUAAGACACAGCGGUACACCGGGCAUUCCACAGCUUGCGAUGGGUUUGCUCUUUAGAAUGGUCGGCGCGGUGUGUAAAUACACCCGGUGUUUGUGAGAGAAAAGGUGCCCGCAGUUUUCUGAUUGGAAAAUUUUUAGUAUCCGUAGGUCAACGCUUUACGUUGUGUCCUAUGUGAUAUUUUUUACACCUGUUGUCCUCAUGUCAAUGUCAAGAUUUUGCCUAGGUUACCUCAUGCGCAUGGGAUUGCCAGCAUUCUGACCGAGCAAGUUAAAUAUCAUGUCUCGAGUUGUUGCAGACAGCAGGGCGCACCUUGGAUCAUCUCGACCGAUGCCCCCACCCCGAUUUGUAUGCACUACUCUGUGCAUGUCUAGCGAAGAAAUCUCGGCGCUGUCUGUUGUGAAAGGACCGCUCCCGCGUCGUGGUGAGACCCCAAUGUCCGAGAAACACGAAAAAGUGGACGGUAUCAGGCACGCAUGACACGCAAGGAAGGGGAGACCGUAGAAUAGAAGGAGGCGUUUUCGCGGUUGAGAUGCGACAAUUGCUGGAACACAUUUUCGUCCAUCUGGCCCGUACGCGCGGUCAAUGCUACAGUUCUACAUACAGGAACACGGCGACCCGAGAGAGUGCCUCGUCAGAGAACCCACCGCGUCAUGAA